CAGCUUUUACUGUAUAUAGAAUUGUAUUAGGCAGUUUCAUAACAUUCUUUUGAAACAUCAAGUAAAUAUCAGUUACAAUAAUGGAUGUACUUAGACCCAAAACGGUCCCACUAUCAGAUGAAACAAUUUUGUGGUUCGAAUUCCUACUAAAGCCGAACCUGCUAACGGCACAUUUAGUCAAUUCAGCUCCAGAUCCAUCUCCAACCGAGUUGAUUACUCAGUUUCUUUCGAUAGCCCCUGGGAAUCAAGAUGCAACUGAACCUAACUCGCCCGAAGCAGACAGUAUGAAUAAAAAUGAGGGUCUUAAAUAUAGCAAGAAACAGUUGGCAUUGAAGAUUCUGGCAUUAAAAGUGGCCGCGUUUCUACGCUGGGAUCUAGACGUACUGGAAAAGGAACUGCCGCUGCAGAAACAGAUACAGCUGCUCGGUGAUUUGUGCAGUGUAACUGCCGGCAAAGCGGUUAAUUUACCACUCUCGUUAGUGCACGAAUGUCCAAUCAUCGGCCCAGAAGGAUCAAAGCAUUCCUUGAACUUUGCUUUGACUCUUUAUCACAGGUGGGUGCUGCGAGCCCUGAUGCUUCGUGGUUCGGUUGCGAAAAUUGCAAAGCCGUUCGGUAUCGUACCAGGAGUUACGGACGCAACGCAAUAUUCCAUGAGAGACGAUUCGUUCAUUAAUUUUUUGGAACCUUUUACAAACAUAAGCAUCGAUUUUCUGAAUCAGGUGAUUUCGGAUCCAGAACCGUUUCGCGUUUUAACGUAUGAUACGUUUGUUGCAUUGGAUGCGCACAACGAUGGCGUUCAACAGCGGUUCGAUACAGCGUUGGUUAUUUCGAAUGCUGAGUUGAGGUCACAAAUUCAUUACGAUUUGUGCUUGUACUAUUUGUAUGCGCAAAAGUAUGAGUUGGCGAAGCAGAACAUUCUUCUUGCCAAGGAAAAUUAUGAUCUAAUGAAGCAGGAGUACAGCAAGAAAGCGAGUAAAACUUUUAUUUACUGUCGGGUGGAGGAGGCUCAACUGCAGGGGUAUAUGAUGGCAUGUGGAGUUGCAGGUGGACCACUCGGUUUGCUACAGAGACUCAACGAAUCAGUAAUGGAACACUAUGCUGGAAUCGUACCGAUUUUAAAGGAAGACAACAUUAAGCGGGAAAUUCCUAUGACCCAGCGAAAAAUCCUAGAGCUUAAUGUCGAGGGUUACGUCUCUAUGGGUAGCCCGGAAGCAGGCACUAGUGAUCAAAAGGAGUUGGAAUUGGCCGUUGUGGCGUUGAACGUUAUUCGUCAUGUUCUAGAUGGUGACAAUAUUCUAGGUUCUAAUGUAGCAUUGCAGAAGUAUAGACAGCAACAACUGAAACUGAUAGAAUUGAUGCUUCAGUACGCGGACGAGCAGUUUGAAGAGUAUAGUUUGACCGAUAGGGAACGUUUGAAAAAGUAUUUUAUUCAGACCCUUAGCCUCCUGGGAAACUCCAACGGAGCGGAAACAAUAUUGAAAAAUUAUCAGAAGCUGGUGUCGUUGCAGGAAUUUGAAGAUUUGAAGAAGCAAAAAACUAUGGAGGAUGUACAAUUUACAGGCAUCGGGAUACAGGCUGACUGGGCUGUGUGUGAAUCGAAGAUGCUUCGCUUGGAAGUCGGCACCUAUGAGCGUCAGCUAAUUACGUGUACCCAUGCCAGCGGUGUUCGUAAAAUGCUAGUUAAGUUGGCCGGAACUAAUCCGACGAAACCUCUUUGGAGCAUUAACCCCAGCUGGUCCAUACCAGUGCCAAUGAAACAGCUUUUAAUGUCAUUGCAAAGGGGAUUUUUGCAGGACUUUGCUUACAUUCUUGUCGGUAAAUCAAGAGAACUGGCCGCAAAAAAAGACUAUUCUGCAGCAAUUGCAUUGCUAACAUGUUUGAAAAGUGAAACAACGAGGCAAGAUCUGGCGAACAACCCACUGGUUCAAAAGUUAGGCAAGCUCGCCGCAUGGGAAGCUCUUCUAAUUCAGAUUCAGCAGGUACUGGACGAAUGGCCCAAGAAACCCACCGAUCAAGUUCAGUUUUUACGAAACUGCAAACAAUGUCUGAAUGCUAGCAGCAACAACGAUGUUUCACCACGACCGAAAGUUCUCGAGCAUUGUGCAGUAAUGUUGCUGAAUUUUAGCGAUUGGAACAGUUUAUUGAACCCAGAUAAGCGUUAUCCUGCGUUGGAGUUGUGUUUUGCUGUUACACAGGCCUAUUUGGAUAUUGAGAAGUUCAAAGGAACCAAGAAAACAAGUCGCGAAGCAUGGGAUCUUAUAUUGCCUAUGUUCAUAAAUCAGCAAACGUCUCGACAACGUCACGCGGCCGACAAUACGGCAAUGCUGCAGCUAUUUUUGUCCAAGUUACGGGAGCCACUCGUAAUUUCCAUUGUUCUUUCUCUGCUAGCUCGUCUUCACAAUAUCCUGAAGGAUGAAACAAAUCUUGACAUCAAUGCUGAGUACAUGUUUCUCUGGCCUACGAAUGUUAGCAAUCCUGCAGUUUACAACAUCAAAAUGGUAGCGGAAACGUUAAACAAUCUUUUACUGCAGUCGUUAAAAUUCUAUCCAAACAAUGUUCCAUGGAUUAAACUGAAAGGUGAUUUGGAGUUUUGCUUGGGAAAUUAUGAAGCGGCCAUGCGUUACUACGUGACAGCUUUAAUUUCCGGUUCCGAAUAUUGCACGAUACAUCUCCAGCGUCCUUUACUGGAUGAUUUCAUCGUUCGACGAAUGAUAAAAUGUUGCUCAAAUUUGGGCUGCUUUAUGCAGGCUGCAGUGCUGUGUCAGUUUCUCGAGGAAACUGAUUACGGGCUUGCAUUUAAAAGUAUUAGUGAGAAGACUGCUAGCUUUUCAGACGCAAUGGAUUCAUACUAUGGCUGUAUAUGGGACCCGACGUUAUUGGAAUUUAUUGUUAAUUGGCAUUUUAAAAAAGGAGAGCAUAAACGACGACUUCAAGCGAUUUCCUACCUGGGCCAACUUGAGCUCAAUGCUAACAAUAACGAGGAAAUUAAACGCGAAGCAGCUGCCAUACGAAAGACACAUUUUCUGCGAUCACUUGCUAAACAGUACAUGUUGUAAUAUGUAUCAAAUUAAUGCAUUUCAAUCGAUUACCGUUUAUUGAAGAAAAAUUUAAAUUGAACAAUACAUAUUACAUAUACCUAAUAAACUGGAG